AUGAAUGCAGGUAUCUGUGUGUGUGUUCUCGUGGCUGCGCUGUCCACCGGCUCUCUGAGUCUGCCCUCAAAGCCCAUGUCUGUGGCUGAGGCUCCUCCAUCAGACAGCCAGCCACCAGCCUCACCCCGUCUCACGCGCCAGGUCCGCUCGGCUCCAGCUCUACCCUCAGGACCACUGAUGAACUACAACGAAGCCCAAGAAAACGCAGACCCUCGCGCCAGCCUCAGCCAGUUGCUGGCCAGACUGUUAUCCAGCAAGGGCUCUCUUUAUCACACCAGAUCCUCCCUCAGCAGCAGAGCCAGUGGCCCAGGCCCUAACCACAGGAUAAAGGACAGAGAUUACAUGGGUUGGCUGGACUUUGGACGUCGUAGUGCUGAAGAGUAUGAAUACUCUUCCUAAUGGCAUGACCUUCGACUUCUG